CCGGGCGGGCGGGGCGGGGCGGGGGAGGCGCUCCGGGGCCUCCGCAACCUGCGGCCGCCUCGGCCGCCUCAGAGGCGGCGCGUCCCCCCGCCGGGCCCGGGCACCAUGAGCGGCCGCGUCGGGGAGCUCAGCCCGCGGCAGGCGGAGGCGCUGGCCCAGUUUCGGGAGAACCUGCAGGACGUGCUGCCCUCCCUGCCCGCCCAGGACGACUAUUUCCUCCUGAAAUGGCUCCGAGCGCGCUGCUUCGACCUGCCCAAGGCAGAGGCGAUGCUCCGCAAGCAUCUCGAGGUACGGAAGCACAUGGAUGCCGACAACAUCAUCGCCUGGGAGGCCCCCGAGGUGAUCAGGAAGUACAUGGCGGGGGGGAUGUGCGGCUAUGACCGGGAGGGCAGCCCCAUCUGGUACGACAUCGUGGGGCCGCUGGACGCCAAGGGGCUGCUGUUCUCCGCCUCCAAGCAGGACCUGCUCAAGAACAAGUUCCGCGACUGCGAGAUGCUGCGGCGCGAGUGCGAGCGCCAGAGCCAGAAGCUGGGGAAGAAGAUCGAGACAGUGCUGAUGGUGUAUGACUGCGAGGGCCUGGGCUUGAAGCACCUCUGGAAACCAGCCAUAGACACCUACGGGGAGCUCCUGUCCAUGUUCGAGGAGAAUUACCCCGAGUCCCUCAAGCGCCUGUUUAUCAUCAAGGCCCCCAAGAUCUUCCCCGUGGCCUACAACCUGGUCAAGCCCCUCCUGAGCGAGGACACUCGCAAGAAGGUCGUGGUGCUGGGAUCCAACUGGAAGGAGGUCCUGCAGCAGUACAUUGACCCUGCGCAGAUCCCGGUGGAGUACGGGGGCACCCUGACGGACCCUGACGGGGACCCCAAGUGCUCCAGCAAGAUCAACUACGGGGGGGACGUGCCCCAGCACUACUACGUGCGGGACCAGCUGUCGCAGCAGUACGAGCACACGGUGGUGGUCAACCGCGGCUCGUCCCACCAGCUCGAGUACGAGAUCCUCUUCCCUGGCUGCGUCCUCCGGUGGCAGUUCAGGUCAGAGGGGGCCGACGUGGGUUUCGGGGUGUACCUGAAGACCAAGGUGGGGGAGCGGCAGCGGGCGGGUGAGAUGACCGAGGUGUUCCCCAACCAGCGCUACAACGCACACAUGGUGCCCGAGGACGGGUCCCUCACCUGCUCCACCCCCGGCAUCUACGUCCUGCGCUUUGACAACACCUACAGUUACCUCCACGCCAAGCGGGUGAGCUACAGCGUCCAGGUGCUGCUGCCCGACGCCUCCUCCGCUCAGCAGAUCCAGCAGCUGGGGGACAAGCUGGGCGAGGUGGCCCUGAGCCACAGCCCCUAGCCACGGCCCCGGCCCCCAGCCCGCAGGGGACCCCACAGCUGGGCAGGCGGCUGCUUGUGCCCCCAGGAUGGCUGGGAGGAUAGAGAAGGGGCUGAGCCCCCCGAGUUCAUGGACCAAGGGGGGACUGAGUGGGGCCGGAGGGGCUGGAGUGCCCGGGGUCCCCCCUCUCUGUGCCUUAUAUGUGGGUCCCGUGUCCCCCGCUGCUGCGUGGGACAGGGGCAGUAAAGGGAUAGACCGUG